AAUGUUUUGGUGGCAUCAUGUGAAACGCGUGUUGGGGAUCUGGACAGAAGGAAAAGCACGGUUGGUGCACGGAGGUGCCGUGUUCAGCAUUGUGGAGUGGAACGCUGUGGGGUGUCACGUGUGGACGCCGUGUUGAUCCUUUGCAGAAGAUGAGUCUAUAAAAUGCAUCAUCCGGGAGGCGCGCGCGCGAAUCCGAGCGCAGUUUCUACUGGGGAGUGUGAACUCUGGUUAGACUUUACAGUUCUGGUGCAACUUUGAGUUCAUUCUCUGAUUGUUUUAUUUGAUUUUUUUUGCUCUCAUUCGAAACAAACGAUGACGGCCGCUCUGAUUUUCGAAGUCGGAUGUGAGCGGGUUAACAGAUCGGUGUAGAAAUCCGGUUGAGGAAGAGCGGAGGGAGACACCAGCCUCUCUCAGCGCGCGCUUCUGGGCGGCUCGGCGCCACACUGGCUAUGGCGGCGGCGAUCGCGAGCUCCCUCAUUCGUCAGAAAAGGCAGGCGAGGGAGCGCGAGAAGUCCAACGCCUGCCGCUGCACCAGCAGCCCGAACAAAGCCAAAAGUGCAUGCGAGAAACCGAGCCGCCUCAGCGUCUUCUCCCGGGUCAAGCUCUUCGGGUCUAAGAAGCGCCGGAGGAGACGUCCAGAGCCCCAGCUGAAGGGGAUUGUGACGAAGCUGUACAGUCGCCAGGGCUUCCAUUUGCAACUUCAAGCAGAUGGAACCAUUGACGGAACUAAAGAGGAGGACAGCAGUUUCACUAUGUUCAACCUCAUUCCAGUGGGUUUGCGAGUGGUAGCCAUCCAGGGCGUCCAGACCAAACUGUACCUGGCCAUGAACAGUGAAGGCUACCUAUACACAUCAGAACAUUUCACACCUGAGUGCAAAUUUAAAGAAUCUGUGUUCGAGAACUACUACGUGACGUAUUCCUCCAUGAUAUACAGACAGCAGCAGUCAGGCAGAGGCUGGUACCUGGGCCUGAACAAAGAGGGCGAAAUCAUGAAGGGCAACCAUGUAAAGAAGAACAAGCCUGCUGCACAUUUCCUGCCCAAACCACUGAAAGUGACCAUGUAUCGGGAGCCCUCUCUGCAUGACCUGACUGAGUUCUCGCGCUCUGGCAGCGGAACGCCCACUAAAAGCCGAAGUGCAUCAGCUGUCCUUAACGGAGGCAAGGCUGUGAGUCAGAACGAGUCCACGUAGCCCUGCUGCUCUGGCCCGCUUACCCUAAGCCUUCACCAAAACCUCCGGAUGCUCGUGACUUCACGCAGACUUCUCUCCAAAAGAAAAAUAGAUGUAACAAAAAAAGAUACAAACUUUUGGUGGUUCCGAACAAAGACAGUUGACAUAGCAACACCACACCUUCUCUCAGCCUAGGGUGACAUUCGAUUGGUUUGUUUUUAAAAUUAGACUGCUGUAGUUUUUAGACUUUUACUUUUCCACCACAGUAACAGACCUGCACCAAACUGAUUCAGGUUUUGUUUUGGUUUUGUCUAUAAGAGUUAUGACAUAUCUAGGGCCUGAUCAAUCAAGUGAUGUCGUUGUAAAAAAAAAAAAAAAAAGUUCCAGGCAGGGAGUGAGGGCUGUGACUAUGUUCAGUGCAGCAAUGGAGUGGAGAAAACUCCACUGCCCUUCGUGUUUCCCGUGUGUGAAGUGUUCAUGCAGAACGACAGGCACUAGCUGGGCUGCAUAUGAGUGCACUGGAUCAGAAGACUGGCCCUCUCAACUACGGAAUUUUUAAAGCCCAUAUUCUGCUUGCAUCACAAAAAAAAAAAAAAAAACGGUAGAGUGCAGCCUGUCACAUUUAGCAAAUGCGACUAAAUGCUGUUUACUAAUAGUUUGAAGUAGCUGUUAGCAUUUAUUCUUUUUCCGUCCUUUGUGUUGCUCACCCCUUUCAAAAAUCAAUGUUCUUCAUGUCUCUGUAAGUAAAUGGAGAUUCCAGCACACCAAAGACAGAAGUGUAAGAAAGUCCCUUUAAAAAGUCUAACCAUGACAGGGAAAGUUUGACAUUAAUGCUGAGUAUUUACCUGUUCUCCGAUAAACGUCUUUAAGGUGGCCUGCUUUCAUUGUAAAGGUGAGGACGCGGUAUUCUGGAAAAGAGCUUUUGUUCACAUGCAUUUGCAUUCAUGUCUGUUUGGGUUCUAUCGUCUUCGUCUACGGCCCCGUUAUAGUGUCUGCCUUGCCUGCUCAUAUCUAUCCACUUUUUUGUCUGAACCUGGUCAUCAGUACUUAAGGCUGCCAGGACAUGUUACCCCAUCUCAAACCCCAAACUCCAUUUCGUGUAUGAGUAACUUAUUGUGGUGAUGGUUUUCUAUAUAAAGAAAAGAAAUUCUGUGGAAUUUUAGGUGGCUUUACAUUUUAUAUGUCUUAUUUGUAAAAAUGAAAAAAAAAAAUCUUGAAAAACAACAAAUGUUGAAAAAAAGAAACUCUCUUGUACAGGGCAUGUACAAACCCAAGUUGUGUACAAAUGAAGACCCUUUUUGUGGGCUACUGUAUGUACUCUUCCCUCUGAAAACAUAAUUUAAUCAAGAUCGCUUAGGGGGACUACCUUGGCUGUUUGUUUUCCUAGGCUUUUCUGUAUUUUUUUUAGGUGAACAUAUCUGUUGCAUGGGACACAUUGGGAAUUGGAGAACUAGAGCUGCAUGAUGUAGGCUAUGUGUAUUAAACCCACAUUGGAUUACAUGUUCUAAAUUACCAGGGAUAAACCAGAAAUUAUAUGUCCCUAUGGGUUCUAUGCCCAUUACCUUCCAGUUGUUUCUUAUUUGUUGUAUACGCAAAAUGCACUGAAUAAAAUGUUUAUAUUAAGCUAUACUUUUAAAA